UAGUGAUGGCCUCGGCAAGCUGGUGCAAAGAAACAGAUGAAAAGAUCAACUACACCAAGCUUUGUAGGUUGCUAGUCGAUGGAGGCACACAAGCAGUUUGUUCUGUAUUUGAUGGUAAAUAUCCACCAUAUUUAUUGAAAGCCUUCUUAAAUGCUUACAAGACAACACUACAAAAGCUGAAGAAACCAAAAGGGAAUGUACUGAAUAACGAGCAAUGGGACAAACUGUAUCCACCAAAUGGGAGCGACCCUCAAUCUAAAGACUUUGAUAUCACUCUACUGUUUGUUCUUCUAAGAAAUAUUUGUGGACUUGCACCACCAGCAUAUGGAUGGGAUGUCUUACCACCUGUAGCAGACAACUCACUAGAGGCUAACCUUGCCAGGAUAAAGUACUACAGAAACAAUGCAAUAGCACACAAACCAAAUACUGACAUCAAUGAUGAUGACUUUGAAAAACACUGGCAAGAUAUCUCAUCUGCUCUCCUAUCACUGGGACUGAGUCAAGAUGACAUAGAUGAUUUGAAGUCUGCUUCUUUGGGAGUGAAAGACUACAAGCAGUUACUCAACGAUUGGUAUAUAUCAGAUAAGGAUGUCAAAACACAGCUACAGGAUCUGAAGUCACACACAGCAGACCUUAAGUCAGACACAGCAGACCUCAAGUCAGACACAGCAGUCCUCAAGUCAGACACAGCAGACCUCAAGUCAGACACAGCAGACCUCAAGUCAGACACAGCAGACCUCAAGUCAGACACAGCAAAUAUUAAGGACAAAGUAGAUGACGUCUGGAAUGUGUGUAUCGAAGCACGACAAAUSAAUCAACAGAUCCAAGAGCUGGCUAUUUCCGACUUUAGACCAGAAAUAAAUACAAAAUGUAAGGUUUUCCACCCAAACACUCGCCAGUGGAUUCUAGGUAAAGUCAAAUCCCAUGUUGACAGUGACCAACCAGACUCGCGUAUAAUGCUAAUCACCGCUGGUCCAGGUAUGGGCAAAUCAUCUCUUGCUGCUAAGAUCUGUCAGACAUACAAGGAUCUUGGAUGUCUUGCAGGAUGUCACUUCUUUCAGUUCAGUAACUCUACUAGAAACAAUCCAAGGUUGAUGCUGCAGUCCAUAGCAAGGCAGAUGUGUGGCACUGUUACUGGUUAUCGAGAGGCCUUAGAAAACAAACUGCGAACAGAUUUGGGUAAGAAGGUUUCCGAGAUGAACUGUGAGGAACUGUUAACCAUUUUGCUGGAGGAACCAUUGUGUAACGUGGAACAAAAAGACUCUCACUUGGUUGUUGUUAUAGAUGCUCUAGACGAGUGUUCGCAUGAUCCAAAAGAUGAACUACUAAAGACAUUAAGGAAAAAACUGUCAUGCUUCCCUUCAUGGCUUCGAUUUAUUCUAACCAGUAGACCAUCAACAAAUACCUCUGCAAUUGGUUCAAUUGUUGCUGUACAAAUGAGACCAGAAGAUCAAUCUAAUAUCAAAGAUCUUAAAACAUUUUUGAGCUUCGAGCUUAAAGCCCUCUAUCCACAAUGCGAAAAUGACGACAAUGCAAAUCUUGUAAAGAACCUAGUGGAAAUGACAAAAGGUUUGUUCUUAGUGGCUUUCUUUGUCAUCGACUAUUUGAAAAGAGAAAAUGUUGCAUCACCGGAGAAAGUUUUGCAGCUGUUUCCUAAUGGGAUCUCAUCAGUGUAUGAGGAUUAUUUCUCUCGUCUUAAAGGAGUAUUACUACCUUACCUAUCAGAGAAGGCAGGGUUCUACAAGAUGCUUGAAGCUGUUGUGGCAACCGAAAACCCUUUGCCAAAGAACAUGUUUUACAAUAUUCUUUGUCUCAAGAGCGAGCGUGAAGUCCCACGCGAAGAGAAAAUGAAAAGAAAAGAUGCGUUGAACUCACUMCAUUGGUUGUUUCCUGUUGAGGGGGAUCACGUGACAGCAUUUCACAAGUCAGUAUUUGAUUGGUUGAUCCUUCAAGAAGAUGAAGAACAUGACUUCAGUGUUCGUGUAGAAGACGGGGAAGAAGUACUUGCCAGUCAGUGUAAUGAUGUCUUGGGUGACAUACGAAACGGAAAAAAAGAUCUGGACAAACCAUUGUAUCUUACAGACAGCGAGAAGUAUGCUCUAAGAUUUCUUUGCCACCUUCUAGGUAAACGCUCAUCAAUAGUCAAAGAAGAUAAGUAUGGAUUCUUUUCUAACAUUUACCUCCUGACUGCAUUAAAUAUUGGAAACACCAUUAUUGGCAAUCAUGAAGACAUAUCUAGUCCUUUAUAUGAAAUACGUGAAUGUUUUACAAUGUGUUUUCCUUCGUACAGCCGUUUUCACCUCCCUUCUUGCCGCUUUUUUCGUGACAUUUCAUUUGGUCGUUACCUUGCAUUCGUUCAUCAAGCUGCGCAUGCGAAGGGAUUAAGUCUAGAAACACCGCCAAAACCACUUUUUCCUUAUUUUGAUGAGAUUUUAAUGCAGACUACAAAGUCCACACACGGUGUACUAGAGUAUCUACUUAAAUGUAAGGAUGGGUUUAUAGCUGUUUUCCUAUAUUGUUCAGUUACACUGUCAACUGCAGUAUAUACGUUCCACCUUGAUGGGCGCCUUAUCACGUCGAAAUCCUUUCCUGGCAAAAGGCUCAUAACCACCUCACCGAGCAUCAACUUCAUCCUUGUUGCCCAAAAAGAUGGGAACAAGAUUGAGUUAUUAGACGCAACAACAUUUGAAGUGAUCAGUCAAUACAAGUUUCCCCAUGAUGCAAUGCAAACAUGUCACGUGUUUGGAAACCAUCAGGGUUGCUUCGUUGUCAUCAAGGGCUGUCAUGACAACAAGGUCUAUGUCAUUGAAGGACUAACGGGACAUUUACAUAACAUCAUUACAGUGAGUGAAGAUAGUACUGUAAUGGACGUUAGCUGCAAAGGCCAUAUUGUGGUGACAAGAACAUGGAAACGCGACGAGCCAGAAAAUGUAAAUACCUUUACCACUAAAGAUGGUGAAGUAGAGAUGAUGAAUUGGAGGAUUGAGAAUAUUCUGUCCGGUAUUCAGACACCACCUAAAGAGAACAAUAUCUACAACUACCGAGAAAUGCUACUAUAUCACUAUGACAGGACAAAGCAGCCCAUUUCCGUGUACCCACUACUAGAAAAGAUAUGCAUUUGUAUGUCACACUAUCCGGUCCGUCCUUAUUUAGUAGUAUAGGGGAUGGGGGUUCCAGCGCAACGACAACCGGAGGAUUACCCGCCUAAAGUACCCCCCUCGAUUCGUACCGCG